UGAACCAAAGUGAAGGGAAUGAGUGGGAUUUAGAGAGAUAAGUGAGAGAGUUUAGAGAGAAGGUUCAUCAUCUCCUUCUCCUUUUUCUUCUUCUUCCUCUUCAAAACAAAAAAAAAACUAACACAAAUUUUCCUCAAAGACCCUCAAGAAGCCACCUUUACCUCUUCUACUCUUCACCAAGGAGUUAGCAUUCAAGGAUGAGCAAGAGACCGAUGGACGCAUGUGAGGAGACGUCACAAGGAAAUGAUGUGACGACGAGCUAGCGAUUCAAAGAUUAGUCGUGUGGAGAUUACGGGGAGCUCGGUGGGCAUAUGAGCCUUUUAGUUUAUUUUCCUUUUGGAGUAUAUGUUGUAAUAAUAUACAUUGAUGUAAGGGUACUUAUUAUUGGGUAUUUAUUACUCAUCGUAGAGCAUGUUUUGGAAAGUAUUAGAAAGUAUUAUGUUUCAAAAGGAAAAAAAAAAAAUAUACCUUCAUUUUUAUGUUUUCGAAAGUUCAUUAGCAUGAUUAAUUUACUUUUGAAUCACUAAGUAACCCCUGAAAAUCGGGGCGUUACAUCUUGUUUCAGGCCGAUGGGCCAGCUUAUUCUCAUUUUGAGGGAUAGUGUUGCGGACACUUAACCUUUUCUUUUGGUUUGUACUUUUGCCUACGGGCGUUACAUGUUUCUUCUUUCCGUCACUAGAGGUUACUCGUGACGAGGUUGUUGCUUACAGCGGGGGCUGUUAUAUAUAUUGUAUAUUAGUUUUAUUGCUUUUCGCUUUUAUUUAAUUCAGUCUUGUCUUAGUUAUUAUCGAAAAAAAAAUAUUCACGUUUUUUUUCCGCAUUAAGUUUACUUUUGGUUACUAAAGUGACGCCACCGAAAUCGGGGUGUCACAUUGUGGUAUCAGAGCACGGUCGAGUCUUUCGGGAGUUGUUGGGGAAUAGGUCUUCUGUGCUAGGUUGUGUGACUCUGCAAAGAGUGAAAAUUGAUUGUCUGCAAGCGAAUUUUUCGCUUAGAAUUGAUUGAAGUUAUUGCUUACUCAUAUUGUAUAGUUAUACUACAUGCUAUCUUAUGAUGAGUACUAACUGUUUGUUUGACUAAGCAUAGGAUGGUAAGCCCUGAUCGAAUGGCAAAAGCGAUAGCUACAAUGAUUGAAGCAAUGAUGAACCAGGCUGCUGAGGACGCUUACAGACACGCGGAGGAGGCUGCACGUAAGCAACCUCAACUGCUAAGCGAGGUGUCCAAGUACCAUCAUAAUGGGUUGGACCGAGUUGGAACUGGAGGACCAGUGAGAUCAGGUUUCCAGGAGUACCAACUGUGGAAGCCAUAUCAGCAUCAUGAGGGGAGAGACCCUAUUCCGGGAUCACGCAAGUCGACGACCGCAACUAUUGGCCAGGAGGCUGUGUCAUGCUACCGUUGUGGAAAGCUUGGACACUACGCCUUUCAGUGCUCAGUGGCUGAAACAAAAUGCUGGAAGUGCAGACAACGUGGACAUUUGGUCGUGAACUGUAGGACGUUUCAGGCGGGACCGUCUGAUAACAAGAUGAAGGGAAAGUUUCCCGCCAUAGCUAAAGGGGCAAGGAAACAAGUGUCAUGUUUCAGAUAUGGGGAGCCGGGGCACUAUGCUAAUGCUUGUCCCGACGCGAGGCCCAAAUGCUAUAAUUGUAACAAAAUGGGGCAUACUGCCGGUCGGUGCAGAGCACCCAAGGCUGAACCAACUGUCAACACUGCUCGUGGUAAGCGUUCUGCUGCUAAAGCAAGAGUUUACACCAUGGACGGUGAGAGAGCUGAGGGAUUUGUCAGAGGAGGGCGCAAGAACGAUGGUAACCUUCUAACCAUUCUUUCUCAUUCUAGUAUAAUAUGUUCCAUUACUCGCGUAGCAUGUGCAAUACCCCUAUCCUACUUAUGUGGUUUAAGCUUUGACCUUAUAGUUAUUACGCCUAUAAAUACUUUAUUUGACUGCGCUCGUGUUUAAACUAUAGCAGUUACACGAGGUUUAGAAUAACACGUUAAGCCUAAAAAGUAGUCUUGCAGCGAUGCGUUUAACAAGAAGCGAGAAGCUAAAAAAAUGAAUCUUAGAGAGAUUCUGUAUGGAUAGUAUACGUAUGAUGUCGAGAGUGUGUAGUUCCGUAGCGGCAUCAUUGAGGAUUUAAUAUCAAGAUAUUUGUGACUAUUGGAUGAUAGGAACUCAUUGACUGUUCCAGUAGGUUUUUCUAGAUUUCCACCUUCGAUGUAUUAGGCCUGAUCAACUUAAUAUUGAGGGGGUGAUAUUCGGAAUCACAGCUGGCUAUGGACUUUGAUAGAAGGAUUGGUAAGAAUAACUUGAUUUGAUCGAAGAUUAGUUGAAUUUGGGAGGAAAGUUUGUAUUAAGCACUUGAUUGUACAAGAUUAAGAUUUGAACCUUUGGAAGUUGAUGAUUGUCGUAUAGACAUUAAUUGGUUGGUUCGUGUGAUUACUCCAAGUAGAGGUAGACUAAGUCAAGAGAUUUAAUGUUGGAAAAAUAUUAGGUAUUUUCUCGGAAGUUAUGAAGUCAUAGGUUAUGUGAUUACUGAGUGGAAUUGUUAGAGACCAAAUAGGUUGGGUUUAAUCAGGUUAUAGAUGAUAGCUUGAUAGUAACAAGAUUGAGAAGAAUUAACUUUGAACUAGAUUGUUGUAGUCGAGUUCGAGGAAUAAGUUUUGCUAAGUGCAUGAUUAAUUUGUGGAGACAUUAUAGUCUUAAGAGAUGAAUUUUCACUUGAAAAGUGUUGAAGGGUCAAAGGACAUUACUGAUGCAAACUAGAUAAAAGUUUAGAUUUUAAGCCCAGGAAGUUUAACUUGAAUGUGUAAGACUUAGAGAAUUGUCAGGAGUUUACUGGAGUGACUAAGUGUUGAAUCAAUGAUUAAGUUAGAAAAAGAAAGUUUUAGCAUAAGUUGAAUCCUUGAGGUUGUUGAUAUGGAUUUCAAAGAAAAUAUGCUCAGAUUACUAAGUGAGAUUUACUAAGUUGGAUUGGAAUCUUAGGGUUAAGAUUGACCUUGAGAGUUGAGAAUCACGUACGAGUAGGAGAUUGGACAUCUGAAGAUGAGUUGCGGAUUAAGACCAUUGAGGUAUAGUAUAAGAGAGAUCUUGAAGUAAAGAAAUUCUGAGUUGUGUAGAGUGAUAAGGUUGGUUAUAAGUUGGUAAUCGAUUGAUGUUGAUUAUGAGAUUGCGGACAUAAUGAACCAUGUGAUAAGAUUUGAAUGAUGUUAGCAUAACAAGUUAUGACUAUAGAUAUCAGGAUCAAGUUAUGAGUGUGAGAGCAUGACGACACUUAUCAGGUCGUUUGUGUAAGCGAAGGAGUUAUAGUUUUAAGAAAUGAAUAUUCAUUUAAGAAGUGUUGGAGAGUUAAGGGAUAUUAGAGGCCCAAACUUAGUGAAGGUUUAGAUUUUAAGCCAAUAGAUUUAAUCCCAAACGCGGGAGACAGGAAGUCUUGUUAGUUUUGAUCAAGAGACCAAGUAAUGGAUUGAUUGGAGGAUGAUCAAGUUACGGAAAGGAAAGUGUUAGUAGUAAGAUGAAUACUUGAGGUUUUUUUUACAUUUGGAUAAGUUUCGUAGAGUUUAAGAGGGAAUGGAACUUUGUUAUGGAUUCCGGUGAUGCAUGCUAGAGUUAGCAAGUGAAUUUCGCUCAGUUGAAUAAGAAUCCUAUGAUUAAGAUUGACUUGAGGAGUUGAAAAAUCAUGUACGAAUCAGAGAUUUAGCGGUGUUAAUAUUUACGAUUGUAGUUAAACCUCAGAAAGUUGAAGGAUGGGAUGAUAAGAUGACUAGUUAAGUCCAUUGAGGUAUAGUUAUGAUUUGAUCUUCUAGGGGAUGAGACCUUACUUGUGUGAAGUGUUAAGGAUUGCAGUAAGUUAAAUUGGUUUGAGUAAGGAAGGUCUUGAGGACGAAGACGACAAUAAUGGAUUGUUGGAUAUUAAGAGGAUGUUUAGCUUAUGAGUGGUUGAUGAAUUUAUGAUUAAGGGGAUGAGUCUUGUGAUGCACAAGGUAUUAAGACUCAAGUCGAGUUUUAAUUUGAAUGGUGACUAAGUAGAAGAUCGAUUUCAUGGUGCGAGUGAUGAUAAUCACGAAGUUGGAAGUGACGUUAAUGGACUAGUAGAUUCCAAUGGAAUAGUUCGUCUAGGAGUUACCAAGCGAUCGAGUUGAAUUUUGGAUCAUGGGUGAACAUCUCGAGGACAAGUUGAGCAUUCACUUCGGAACAUAGAAAUGUACCGAGUUUCUAAUCAGUAUUUUGGACGAACAAGAGAAAAAGGAGCAUGUGGUUAAGGUUGUGCGAUUGCACGAAUACCAACAAAUAUAAUUUCCAACGGAGAACCGACGCAAGUGGUCGAACCGGACAACAUAGAGUUGAAAGAUGAUAUGUCUUUUGAGACGCCGUCGGUCAACAUUAGGACUAGAAGAGUGAAACAAUCGAGGAGAAAGCAGAGUGCUUUAGUGAAAGUUAUUUGGAAUAAAGACACGGACGGUGCUAUAUGAGAGUUAGAGGAAAAGAUCAAGGAAUAAUGUCCAGAACUUUUACUGACCCUUAAGUUUCGAGGACAAAACUUUCUUUUUGGAGGGUAGUAAUGUAAGGCCCAAGUUUUUCAGUUUAUACCAAGUGAAUAAAUUCUUAUUCACAAGUAGGUUGAUGUAUCGUGAAAGGAAACCUGAACUAGAGUUUACCAAAUGAAAUAAAUUUAUGAAGGAGAAAGUUCAGGAAAAGUCAAAGGAUUGUGUCGAAGUCGAUAAAAGUUAUAGC